AUGAAGUCGCGAGCUUCUUCUUUCAUUGUAAAUACCGUAUUCACCAAGGUAAAGAAGAAACGAGUCAAAAGGCUACGCGGUCUAGACUCGUCUCUUUAUAGGGUCACGUGGCCAAUGAUGUACAUUGUGCGAGUGUUUGGCUUUGCUCCUUAUAACAUUUUGCAAGACCGUCUAGUAUCGUCAAACAUCAACCUCAUCUUCACAGCGAUCGCCGCUAUUCUAUACAGCUAUAUAUUGUACGACGUGUUAAAAAAGUUCAUGAACAUCCAGAGAGAAGUCUCGGCUCUCUCAGGAACAGAGAACACGAAGGUAAUCGUCAACUAUAGCGUCGUGAUGUACGAGCUGAGCUUAACGGUGUUCACGAGACAUAGCUUCGUUAGAAUUUGGAACGCGCUACAGGAUUACGAUAAAGGUGUCAGGCAAUUAGGUCAUCCUCGCAAAGAGAUGUGGACCGCAAUCGUCGCGUGGAUCCUCGUAGCUGUGAUCGCGAGCAUCUGGACUUCCGUCAAUCGCUCCGGAAUGUACGUCUUCCACGAGGCGUGGCAUUACAACAUGGGAUAUUUGCUGCCCUACGUUGGCACGUCGAUAGCUAUCUACAAGUUCGUGGCGAUGGCUAUUUUUCUAGGCCAACGAUUUCGCCACCUCAAUGCAAUUGCGACGGAAAACUUACCAUCGUUGUCAAUUGCGAGCAAAGAAAUCGCUACCAUCAGCAAGAAGACGAUCCUGAGUCUGCACAACGAUUUGAUGAUUGCCGCGGAGAACUUGGAGUCGCUAUACUCGUUGUCACUGCUCUUUUGGAUCGGCAGUUUGAGUCUGCAUACCGUCUCUAACAUAUAUUUCAUAAUCGAGUGGAUACUUCUAAAACCGUGGGAUACCCUGGCAUUGCCGCUUGUGUACUGCAUGAGUACCUGGUUGCUGGCGUUUCUCUUCCAACUUUUACUACUUCACGUCGCCUGCGACUUUGCCUCUUCUCAAGCUAAUAGCAUGGGCUUGAUUCUAUUCGAGUGGCAAGUAAGACUGAUGAGAAAAAAUGAGGAGUUCGUUGAGUUGUCGUUGCAAUUUCUAAAUCGAAGGCUCGAGUUCUCCGCCGCAGGAUGCUUUUACGUGACUCUGCCAUUAUUACGUUCGAUCGCUUCUACAAUGGCUACAUAUCUGGUUAUACUACUACAAUUUCAAUAA